AUGUCGGCUGCGUCAGGCGCUUGUUCUGCGGCAGAUGCGUUGGACGUGAUGAUGCUGGAAAGCGCCGACAAGAAGCUCAAGAAACGUGAAUACAUGCGCAACAUCAUGCGGUUCUAUCGCGAGGAGAAGCGGGACGAGUUGGACGCCCUCAAAGCGCAGGUGGCUGCGUUGCAGUCCGAGUACAAGUCCCGCCUUCGGGCGUCCAAACGAGAUCUGCUGCUACCCUGGAGACAAGUGGCGAUAGCGUUGCGAGACGACCUCCAGGAUGUUCAAAACGAGCGCGCGUCGCUGCGGGCCAAAGCGGCUGCCCUGGCGAGCCUCAUUCGCACUUCCAAGGGCUGGGUGUCGACCAACCUCACUUCCAUGCAUGCGAUCACGCCGACAUGGAGAAACGUGACGUUGGAGCGCGACGAGCAAGCGAGGGAGUUGGGCAAGGCGUGGAUCACCAAGCAAAUGUACCACAACACCGACCGCAUGUUCGGACAGUACGCGUACCCGCCGGUAACAUCCUCGGACGAGUUCUUCGACAUCGGGGUCGACAACACCGACGUGAGCUUCCAGUACCACCACCGACGUCAAUACGCCGUGGACGUUCCCAUGGAGUGUGUCCUGGACGCAUAUAAGCGCCACCUUUGCGCCGUGCUUAUGAUGGACUGGUACGGAUACCAAGCAAACCCGACGCUUACAGAAACGAGCGGCAACACGACGCUGCACCAGCUGUCGGCGGACGAGUGGAUGAACUUGGUGACUGGCGAGUUCCACGACCAUGAUCGGUGUGUAUUUGUAGUCCAGCAGGUUCAACAUGACGCGGCGAAUCCCACGACCCAGCGGCAGCGGAAUCGCAUGAUUUGGUAGACCGGGGACGAGGAUAGGAUAGGUUAAUGUACGUUUGUAGGCUAGACAUGCGACCGAUUGCAGGCGGUAGGACCCUCGUGCGGGUGCUGUAUCGGUUCGACCAGUACUUUGAUCCGUCGGGGUUUGUACCGCUGGAAGAAGAGGCGCUGAGCUGGGGAUGCGACCUCCAACACGUACGGGACGACCAGAAAGAGCGCACGUUUCACUCGUAUUGCACCAACCUGCUCGUGACAAUCAACGCCAACCACCAGGCCAAGAUCAACGCACACCUUACGACCAUCAUGCACGCUUCCUUGCAAUGAAACCAGCCACACGACAGCUUACAUGUGGUACAUCAUGUUGUGAUUGUGAAUCGACACAACCAAAUAUGUACAGAAGAAUCGGUAAAAGGGUUUAGCCAAUCAGAUUGCGAAACCAUCGAAUUAGUGUGGGAAUUCAAUUAGUGUGAUCCCAAGCAC